ACAGGUUGGCUAGGGCGGGGUCUUGGCGAGCCAUAGUGGAAGCGCAAAAAAAGGUGUCGUCAGAUCCAUCGGCGUAUCGAACUUCACAGUCGCGCAUUUGCGACAGCUUGCCUCUCCUCUGUGCAUCUGCUCGAGCGGGUGUGAUCGUGACAUGCCAUCGCAAAGGUGUAUUUCACACACGGCUGCUACUCGAUUAGAGACGAACGAGGAGUGUGCCAGUGAGUGCACUAGCGAUGUUGGGAAUGCCACAGAUGUAGUAGAGCGCGCGGGCGAGUGUAUGUGCGGGUCCUAUUGGAAAGCUCGGCCGGUAGUUAACCAGGUUGAAAUGCACCCGAUGUAUCCCCAACGGCAUCUGAGGCAGAUGAGUGCUGCUGUACCUAUAUCAAGGGUGACUACCACAGAUCCUUCGAUCCGCGUGGUUGGUAGUGAACAAGCGCCCGACGAGGACAAGGACGUGUACGGGUAUGAACCGGACACUAAGGAUAUGAACUGGACGACAUAUAGCCAGCCCAAGAAGUGUGGGGCAGGCCACUCCGGUGCACACACACCUGAGGACACACACACCAACAGCACGAGUACAGACGAAUGCGAUAGCGACAUAGAUAGCCACACAUCUGGAACGGUUGACGCUGUGGCGACAGGGUAUAGGUUACACGUGCAGGCGUAUAGUGCGCUGGGAUCAAUGCAAGGGGCGAGUCUCAGGACCCAUCCGGUGAUCAGGGACGUGGCGCAGUCUAUAAAUAGAACACCGGCACAGGUGUUGUUGCGUUGGUGUGUGCAGAAGGACUGUGGGGUGCUGUGUCAAAGCACAGACGCCGAUCGCAUGCGCGAGAAUCUGGAUGUGUUUGGGUGGGCACUGGAUGCUGUGCAUGUGACACGCAUUGAUGACAUUGCGACUGGCAAUGAGGAAGGUGUCAAGUUCUGCUGGGACCCGGGGGCUAUAGCGUGAGGGUUUUAGGGUUUUAAUCGGUUUAGAGGGUUGUAGUCGCGUAAACUAGACUGUCUGUCGAAUAUCAUCUGCAGUUGAGCCAUCAAAGAGGCACACUAGAGUGUGGGGUUAAUGCCAUGCCUCUACGUGAUGUUCUUUGUACGCGCAGAUGAUCGCGACUCCCGCCUGCAGAUGAAGGUGGGGUCUGCAAGCGAUAUUGGACGGUGCUUGCACAAUUUGUAAUUGAUAUUCCAACUUCAUGAGAUGUAUCCCUGUUUUGAUCUCCUUUAUACAAAUAUAUAUCGUACAUAAGUACUGAUAUACAGAUUUUUACGGUAUAGCGAUAUCAAUUGAAGAUAUAUCAGCUUUCAAUUGCUCCUCAAGGGCUCGAAGGAGCGCCUGAACACAUACAAGGGAGUCCAUUCACAGGGUCAACGAAGCCGCCUCCUUGUCCAGAAAAAUUAGGACAAGUGCAGAAUUAUGUGUUCUUGUCGUUUCCGUUUCUGUAUGUUUACACACACACACGAUGUAUCCCAGAAAGGAAGAGAAAUAAAGUUUUUGAUGACAUCGGUUCCAAUAUCGCAUUGACUUAAAAAAAUAUCCUCCCUGACAGCAAAGGCUUUGACUGGGCUAUUUUGUUUACAUACUCCUUUGAUUUGUAUUUGCUGCCAAGUGUAGUACAUAAUUUAUCAUAUACAAUCUAGCGCGCAACACAUACUCAUACAACAAUCUAGCCUGCGCAAUCCCCUCACGCCGGUGUCCCCCUCACAGCCCUCGUGCUAUCAGCAAGCCAAUCCGUUACCAUGGUAACCAGCAGAUCAUCCACACUCUGCCGCCUGCCCACAUUACCCACAAUAGUGCCGUGGGUAGUGGAAGGUAGUAUAUGGUGGCUCACACGCGCACCCGCCUCCGCCAACAACGCACAUAGCUUUGCACUGUCUUCGCGCAGAUGGAAUUCAAUAAACGUUGCGUUGAAGAGUAAGAACGGGAAUUUUCGGAGUACUCCAUUGCUCCGUAGCUCCUGCGGUGUAUCGUACGCGUUUGCUGUCCUUUCGCGUGCUCCGUGCAACGCGCCUUGCGAUGAUUGUGUGGGGGUGUCUAUGUCGGUGGAUAUGCCAGCGUGCGAGGCCAUAUCUCCAUGUGUUAACCGAUCUGUAGGUGCAUGGCUGUGUGCUUGCAGCCGUGUCUCUACAGACGCCACCAUACGCGCAUGGUCCUCGGCCAGCCUUAUCGGAUCAGCAAGCGCCAGUUCAUGGUCACUCAGAUGCCCAAACGCCGGCAUAAAAUAGUUGUACUUAGUCAAGUAGCUAUCUCUGAGCCUGCACAAGUCAUACACCCCAGACACACUGAUAACCCCGGCCAGAGAGCGCAUCAGCGGGGUGUUGUACUCCCCUUCCACAUAUACGCGCUCGAUGUCGGAUAGCUGAGUCGUAUCACAGGGGCGGUCGGAUAUCAGACCCUUUGUCCCACUCUCCCGGCGGCUGGCCUUACGUUUGAGUGUGUUAUUUUUCAUGCCGGAUUCACUCGACACGUCUGUCAACCCAGUACUACACACAGGUUUCCUGCGCACAUUCCUGGUCUCUGUAUGGGGUACGAUAGAGUUGACACUCCCCCUACUUCCCUUCAUACAUCGCACCGCCUGAUCCACUUCAGCGUGCUCGCCCUUGCUUUCUCUCUUACCUGUACCCACUGACCUACCGCCUUGACCUUGUUCACCUACGCUUUUAUCUGUACUGCCCACAAAGCCCUCAGACACAGCACCGUCCACCUCAGCACUCGACCCCAGACAGUCCUUCCCACACUCAGCAUCCACACACUCAUGCGCUUUCCCAUUCAGAUACUGCGGAUUCAGCGCUAGCAGUGUAGCCAGAUGGCCUCCAGCGCUAUGGCCCAUCACGAAUAUACAGUUGCCAUCACCCCCGUACAGAUGUGCGUUGGUGUGCACGAACCGAUACGCACGUGCGGCAUCCUCUAUGUGCCCCGGAUGGCGUACGAAGCGGUCGCGGUUGUAGGUCAGUUCCUCAUAACGCAGCAGCAUACACAGUAGAGUGAAGAGAGUGAUGAACAUCCCCACAGCCAGGCUGGUGGGCUGAGGGGUGUGGGCUGUGUACCUCUCCAGCAGAGCGCUACCUAUAUGUGUACACGCACAGAGCUUUUGGACGACGUAUCCGGCGGAGAGCAUGCCCACACUGAGACCAGUCG